AAUACAACCGGUAGGCGCUUUCUUAUCCAAAAUGGCUGCUGCGAUGGAUGUGGAUGCUCCUAGCGGGGCUAAUAGUAGUGCUGGCAAGAAGCGGUUUGAAGUGAAGAAGUGGAAUGCAGUAGCUCUCUGGGCUUGGGACAUCGUGGUUGACAACUGUGCCAUCUGCAGAAACCACAUUAUGGAUCUGUGCAUAGAAUGUCAAGCUAACCAAGCAUCAGCUACCUCUGAAGAAUGCACUGUUGCAUGGGGCGUUUGUAAUCAUGCUUUCCACUUUCACUGCAUCUCUCGUUGGCUUAAAACUCGGCAGGUGUGCCCGUUAGACAACCGAGAAUGGGAGUUCCAGAAGUAUGGACAUUAGCAAAGAAGAGAGGAUUGCCAAGUUCUAAUGUUCUUGCAUCAGUUAAGGUUUCACCUUGCAAGAGGGUCAUUCUUGGGAUUCCUCCACCUGCUGUUAUACAAUUGUCUUGUCUUUGUUUUCAUUGAUGCAGUAAUUGUAUAUAGUAAUAAAAUGUGCUUGUCCAACCUGA